UAUCAAAGACGGGAAGUGAGAACAGAUCGCACCGGUGCGAGUUAGAUUUAUUGUUCAAGAGCAUUUACUAUUGCACACCUUAUCAAAUUAGCGUGAGACCACUGGACAAAGUCAUCGAAACAGUUGGAUAGAAUCUCUCAAACAAUACUCACUUCGUUGGUCUCCGAUUGUCCAAUCAUGUCAUUCGCUCUUGGGGUGUAAAGUUUUGUGAUGAAAGUCACCUGGCCAAGUGAAUAGAACAAAUUAGAACUCGGUGGAUAACUUGACUUUGUAACACUGACUUUAGCGAUCCUUCGGUUUUCGGGUGAACCACCGCGCGGUCAGUUCAGGGGUUGAGGCAAACGAAUGUCUGUAGACUUUACAUGUAUCACACCAAAUCACAUUUCUUUUCACCAACACGAGGAAAUGGAAUCGCUUCUUGCGGCAACCACCAAACAUAUGUCUCCCAGGCAUCUUGCGAUGUUUGAGAUGUCACGAAGAGAGAUGCUUGAGAAAUAUAUUCAUCAAAAUGGACAAGACGAGAAUGAAUACCAGGAGAAAGUAAGAAGGAUGAGUGUAGAUACCACCAGUGAUCAGGAAGAAGAAAGAGGGAAGGAUGAGAGGACUGGAACUGCAGAGGACGAAGAGAUAGAGAGAAGGAGAGUGAUGGAAGAACAGAGGAGAAUCAUUGAGGAACAGAGGAGGAUAGUGGAAGAACAACGAAGGAGGAUGGUUGAAGAACAGCGAAGACAGCUGAUGGAAGAAGAAGAUGAGGAAAGAAGGUUGAUCGUUGAAGAACAGAGGAGACGGAUGAUGAGGGAAGAGCAAGAUGAAGAGGUUGGUGAGGAGGAGGAGGAGGUAAGGGAGGGCGAAGAUGACGGACCAUCAGAGGAUGAGAUGAGGGCUGAUGAUCCGAUUGGUAGACGUGAUACCAGCCACGCCCAUAUCGAUCUGAACAUGAUGCGAGCCAACACUCAUCUCAAGGAGAUGAUUGAUAAGAACCGUCGAUAUGUUUCUACCCGCCUGGAGGACACCAACACCCAUUCUCCACCCCUCACCAAUGGUAGUAUCCAUAGCAACGAACACGAUCCGUACCUGUCUCAUCGGGCUGCUCAUGGUGGAAGUCCUGAUCUACCACACUCCUACAUGAAAGCUUCUCACCCUCUUAUAAAGAAAGAAGAUGGUCUGAGUAAAAUGGAGAUGGAUGUUGGAUUGAAAGACGAGAUGAAGAUGACGUCUAAUCUUGAGGAUAGAGAUGGAGAGAAACCUCAGACAGAAUGGUCUUUUGAAGAGCAGUUCAAACAGCUUUAUGAACUCUCGAGUGAUUCCAAGAGAAAAGAAUUCUUAGAUGAUCUCUUCAGUUUCAUGCAGAAAAGAGGUACACCAGUGAACAGAAUUCCCAUCAUGGCAAAACAAGUCUUGGAUCUGUAUGAACUUUACAAUCUAGUGGUCGCAAAGGGAGGUUUGGUUGAAGUCAUUAACAAGAAACAAUGGAGAGAAAUCACCAAGGGUCUGAAUCUACCCGCAUCCAUUACCAGUGCAGCGUUCACACUCAGAACACAGUAUAUGAAGUAUCUCUACCCAUAUGAGUGUGAGAAGAAGAGUUUGAGUUCACCAUCUGAGCUCCAAUCAGCCAUCGAUGGGAACAGACGGGAGGGGCGUCGACCAUCCUACCACAGCCCUCACAUGCACCCCCGUGGCCCCUCCCUAGCAUACCAUCAUGGGUUAGAUCUACACACCCCUUCUGGUUCCCCUCCACCCACGAUGAUACCACACCCAUCACGCAUCCCUACUCUGCCUACGAGAUUAUCACCAUCUACAUCACCAAUCGAGGAUGAUCAUCCAGUACCCCUAGGCCUCCCACGACAAGGCUCUCUCAGUCACGCUGCGAUGCUCGCUGAGCUAGCAGAAAGGGGAUCGAUACCACCACCUUCUAAACGAUCUUUGCUGGCAGAAGAACAUCAUCAGCGGCUAUUACAGCUUCAGCAGCAACAUCUUCUCAUGCCUUCAGCUCAUCUUAAAGUGAGCAGUGCAAGAGCACAUCCAGAUUCUGGCAUGCCUCUGUUUGAGAUGAGAGGAGACAAUUCAUUGGUGAUGAGUAUUGAGCUUAAUGGUGUCUUAUACCAAGGAGUGCUUUACCCCAGGGGUGCACCGGGGCACCCCUUGCUUGGUGUACCAGUACCCCGCUCCAGUGCGUCUCCUAAGUAAAACGGAGCCCCUCAACAAUAUGGACUGCUGUCAAAAGGACUUUAUGUUUGUCUGUAUGGACAGACGUGUGUAUUGAACUCUCAUUUUCUGAGGAAUCAUCAUUUAAUCGAGAACCAAGAUUGUCCUCCAAGAUGAACUGCACAGGAUUGAAAACCUGAUUAGAUAGCAGUCUUCUGAGCCAGAUGGACUGAUCUGAUAUGGAUCGGAUCUGAGUGGACAAAGCACCGAGCUAAAAGGUCGCUAGCAAUGCAUUGGUGCACUUAAAAGAUUCUGAAACAGUUCAUAUUUCUUGAUGUGUACAUUCCAUGAUGUUAUAGAAUUGUAUGGAACACUGUAUAAAUUCAUGACAUUUUCGACUUUUAGAAGUGAGAACAAAAAAUUGUUGUCAUACAGUGGGGGAUAACAAUACCAGCUCAACAUUACUGCCUGUAACUAUGUUAAAGUUCUUCGCGGAUUUUAGAAAAUGCUAUUUCACUUUUAAAAAUGACCUGGGUUAGUAGAUAAUCUAGUUCAGUAGACGAUAUUGGCUAUUUUAUGUAUUUUGGGGAUAUGAAAACCUAUAUAGUUUUAGAAUUUGGUUUUUGACAUGUAUAUUGCAUUUGACAAUCUAUUUCGUUAUAAAUCAGGGUUAUGAUUACAUGUAUUUGUGAUUGAAUUGUUUAUUUGAAUUGAACCGGUCGAAUAGAAUAUGCUAUCUAAUGUUAUAUUCUUAGCAUGCUAUGAGUGAUGAGAGAAACUUGAUUGCAGUUUUCAAAUGAUAAAUUGCAAUCGGUAGAUCACUGUUGUAGAUCAAUUCAUAUUUCUGUUGAAAGGAGCAGACCAGCAAUCACAUGAAAACCUUUAAUUGAUCGAAAGACUUAAGAUUUGACUUCAAAUUGAUUAGAAUCACUAAAUAACCAUCUCCUUUUUUCUGCAAAAUAGUGAUCAUAAAAAUAAUAAAAUUAUUUUUUUUUACUUUCUAAUAUUUAAAGGAAAUAGUUUUUUUUCAUUUCAUAAUCCACACUAUAAUAUUCUGCAAAUAGCGUAUCAAUUUGGUUUGAUUGACGUGUAGUUUGCUUGGUUUUGCUAUGGUCCCUUCAUCAGAAAACAUUGGCUGCGUAACACAAAGGUUUGCGAUGGAUUGCAAAUAUAAAAGAAGCGCACUGAUUGGUCCCUGGUCAGUAUUUUAAACCAAAUGCGCGUGUAACGUUGAUAAUGAUUGGUCAGUUCAUUUAGCGAUUGAUCGCUAAUCUUUGUGUUACGGAGCCCAGGACUUUGAUUGUGAGACCUAACACACUUUACCUUUAUGCUUUGGGACAUGUAUGUUGAGUUAUUUUGUGCAAUAAAUGUUCCAUUUCAUAAGCAUUCAUUUGGAGUUUACAAUAAGCAGCCUGAGAAAAGACAAUCAUGAAUUAUUAAAGCAUAUUGAAAAAAUAAAACAUUUUGUAUUAUAUUAUAGAAAGGAGAGUGAUCUUCAUGUGUCAAAUUUUGUUCGUUCUUCUCAUGACAAAAUAAUCAGAGAAUACAAAUGUCAUUAUACUUCUAACGUCUUACAAUACGGUGUUAUGUUGCAAUCUUAUCGUGUCUUAACGGGGAUUACAGACUGGAUAAUGUUAUUCUAAUGUAUAUUUUUUUAUAACUCUUUCUUCUUUACUGGAAAAAAUGCGUAGUAGAAUUAUUGUAAUAUUGAUCAUUCUUGGCAAUAAUUCUACAUCGUUUGCUGCUUUAUCAUGUUUACAGUAUUAUCACAGAGAAAAUGUGCAAAAAUAUGUUUAACAGCAAAGCAUUCUGCUAAUAUGAGAACAUAUAUCUUUACUAUUUAUUAAAACAUGAAUUUAUAUAAACUGGUUUUAUAAUUUAGCCAUAUAGGAAAGCCUGACAUAUAUUAUGAAACGUGCUCACCUACAGGACAGGAGUUGAUAUAUGGCGGUAAAGUAAAUUGCAAAGUCGGGGUCAAAAGAAGAACAUAUAUUUAUAGUAAAAAACAAUGAGAUCCCUUUGUUUUCAUCUUCUCAAAAUUUUGAACAUUCAUGGUUUUCAUUUCAUGUAGCAUUUACCUCUGAGUGUAUUCCUGUUAGAGAUAGGCCUAUUAUAGAUAAAACAAUUGGAAAUUCAGAUGUGAAAUAUGUACACAUACAACUGAAAUUUCGUGUUUGUAUGUGUCAUUAUGAUAGAAAUUUCAUGUUAAUGCUUUGUUGAACUUUAACAUGUCUAAUGUCUGUUAAGUAUGUGAUCAAACUUAUUAUUCUAUUUCUUUAGGAAAACUUAUAGACUGAAUUAACCUACUAUUUAUAUUAUCACACAGCAAUACAUGGUUUAGUUUAUUAUUUUUUUAUCUGCAAUUUUUUUAGAACAUUUCCACCUCUAAAUUCAGGCCCUAAAUAAAAUAUUUCUAAUAUCAAUAUCAGGACACUGCCUCUCUGUUAUGUUCUAAAAUGAUAACAUUAGUAAUUUUAACGAACAUUAUACUUGCACCCUUUGCUAUUCAAUAAUCCUUCCAAUAAAUAUCUUAUUCAAUGAAUAUGGUGCUCAUCUUGAUAAUUUUCUGCAUGUCAUAUUAGUGUUAGAAUCGUGAUAGCGUUCCAUAAGAUUUGUAAAUAUUAAUGUUUGUAUUUAUAUCUUAUGUAAUGUUAAAUGUACAGUUAUAUGUAUAAGUAACUACGAAUCUUGUAGAAAUAUAAACUUCAUAACAAUCAACCAUGCUCUUGAAAAUGAUGUCAAAAUAAUUACAUUACUCUACUAUUUCUACUAUGGGUAGUAUAGAUUUUUAAUCCAUUUAACAGUGAUUGCAUAAUCAUCAUUUUGAAGAUAUAGUUAAGCUCUGUGAAUAAGUAUUUGUGCGUAUAAUCUAAUUUUAAUGUUCAUAGAAAAUAAAGGACAUAAUACAAGAAUAUAUAAGUAACUUCACAUUUAUUUGUUCUUUAUACUUAAAUACAACUACCAUGAAAUAUAACAACAUGCAAGUUUCAUUCUUGAGUUAUCUAUAAACAUUAACACAUGAAAUAUCUCAAUGAAACUGAUUGUAGAAAAUUGUACAAUAGGUUUAAUUUAUCAUGAUAAAAUCUAAACGUUUCUUAAAGUAUUCAACCAUGUAUUCAUGAAACAUUUUCUUUAUCACGUGCCAAUUCGUUCUCUGCAAUGGGACGAUCAUAGGUUAUGUUAUUUUGUAGAUACUAAAAUAGAUUUAAAUCUGAAAAAACAUUGCACAAAUCGUUAACUAUGUACAUGCUUAUCGCAGUGUUUAUUGUCUGAACUCUCUUUUUUGUGCCUUUUGUUUGUCUUUCAUUGCUUUAAUGCAAACAGGUGCAAUUUUUAAUAAACGUUUGUGUGCUGGGUUCAUAAUUAUAUAUUUGUUAUUGAGUCGUUUACCUAUUUAAAUAUAGAAGAGGAGAAGCAAUCAACUUAGUUAAAAAGGCUUGUUAGAAGAAUACUUUCAAAAUUGAUGAUUUUUUGGGGGGUUAACUUAGUUUUAAGUUUGUGAGAAUAUUUACGGUAUUAUGUACAUGCAGUACCCUGUUUGUAAACAUGUAAAUAAAUCACCAUGGUGAAAGCUUAAUAUCACAUCUUAAAAAUGUUGUCUUAUUUCAGUUUUCUCUUUAAAAAAUAUGUAUUUCUGAUA